UGGAUUAUUCAUCAAUUACUUCAAAUUCUCUCGGAAAUUACUCAGAUGAUUGUCUUCAUAAACUACCUGGACAUCGAGCACCCGUGGGACACUCUGACGUUAACCCAUUCGGCUCCUGGUACCAAUCUAACACACAUCCCAUUAGUGAGUGGAAAUGUGAUGUCGAUUCGUCUACCGGGCGGAAUCGUCACCAUCUCCUUUUGCAGUGAUCUUGUCCAACAGCAAGGCGGCUUUUCAUUGGAUUUCCGAUUUUACGAUGCGAAUGUCACAGACUAUCUCAAUGAGAAUGCAUUUGAAUGCCAUUCAGGGUUUGAGCUCAUCCGCAACGAGGCCCGUUGCGAUGGAGCCAUCGACUGCCACGAUUAUUCAGACGAAAUCAACUGUGGAGCUUGUGACUCAGAAUCUUUCCUGUGCCGCGGAAGUGAUAUUUGUCUUUCAGGCAGUAGGCAAUGCGAUGGCUGGAGUGACUGUCCAUUGGCCGAUGAUGAAGAACAAUGUGACACCGAGAAAUGUCCUGAUGGUUAUUCGUGUGGCGAGUCCCCAUACAACAAUAGGCAUGGGCCAGUACCAUCAGCCUGCACUGGGCCUGAGUGGGUCCCAUUCUGGGUGAAUGCAUCAGAACCAUGGAGCGGACGACCCUUGCAGAAUGUUGCACCAAAGGCUACAUUGCUAAAUUUAAAUGGUUUUCCAGUCAAAAUGUUGAAUCAUAGUAUAUUUGACGGAACAACGAACCUUCAUACUAUUGACGUUGCAUCAUGCCAAUUAGAAAGCUUGCCAGCAGGAGUUUUUAGUAAACUCUCACGCCUGUGGAAAAUUGUUGCGACCAACAACAGUAUUACCUAUCUUGAGAAUGGCACGUUUUCUGGACUGAUAAACUUAAGAUUGCUAUACUUGGAUUUUAACCAGAUAAUGCGUCUUGACGAGGGAUGUUUUACAGAUCUUGGACGUCUCUUUUUCAUUGAUCUAGCUAAUAACCAGCUGUCAGAGAUUCGUCAAGGUGCAUUUAAGGAUUGCAGUUCUAUGGAGAGACUAGUUUUACCCGAGAACAAUAUAACACAAGUGAACAGCUCUAUAUUUGAAGGAAUCAAAGAACGUCUGAAGAUAGUCACUUUUCGAGAUAAUCCGCUCCACUCCAUUGCCCCAGGUACUUUUCUCGGCCUCACUCGACUCGAAGACCUACACAUCAUGUCUGUCUCGUCGGAACACAUUCAACUUUUCCCGGAAAUAUUCCAGGGACUGGAAAAUCUGAUUGCGCUGGUAGUGUAUGACUCCCGGUUUUGUUGCAUCGCACCAGAGAGGGCCACGUGUGUUGAACGAGUUCCAUCCCACCCACUCUUCACCUGCAGGAAGACCUUCCUCCAGAACCUUUUCAUCAAAGUCUUCAUAUGGAUACUUGGCAUCAGCGCAUUAGUAGGCAAUGCUUUCGUCAUACUGAUGCGUCUGCAGCGGACGGAAGCUACGUCGGUGGGCACUAUCCAGUCCAUCUUUAUCACCAGUCUAGCCCUCUCCGAUUUUCUAAUGGGUGCCUACAUGAUUAUCCUAGCCACGAUGGAUCUCUAUAUAGGGGAUUCGUACUUCUGGGAGGGUCGAGCGGAAGAGUGGAGAUCAAGUAACGUCUGUCAGGUAGCCGGGUUCAUCGCGUUCUUGAGCAGCGAGGCUUCCGUGUUCCUCCUGACUCUCAUCACCGUUGAUCGCUUCAUUUGCAUCCUCUUCCCAUUCAGCAUCGAGUACCACAUCACCACCACCAAGGCACGUAUCCUCAACGGUGCUAUCUGGAUGUUCUCUCUCUUUCUCGCUCUUGUUGCCAUCUUCAUCAACUACCUCUACCCCGAUGCGUACAGCCUGAGUGACGUAUGCGUUGGUCUUCCACUCAUCCGCAAGUCCGUGGACCUGUACGCCAAACUUGACGUGAAUACCCAAUCCCGGUAUGGUGUUGCGACCUUCAACACUGUUGCAUCCUCCACAGUUUCUACCUGGCAGUUCUCCAUCGCUGUCUUUCUGGGGAUCAAUCUCAUUAGUUUCGUAGUAAUUCUUUUCUCCUACAUUGCCAUCUUCAUAACGGUGCGUUUUGCACGAGAUCGAGUCGGUCGUAAAGAUAGAGUGGCGAAUGAGGUGAAGAUGGCGCUGAAAUUUUCCUUGAUCGUAGCGACCGACUUCUUCUGUUGGAUGCCCAUCAUCAUCCUCGGGAUCCUCGUUCAGACCAACCUCAUUACUAUCUCAUCCGAUGUCUACGCCUGGUUGGUGGUCUUCAUUCUCCCGAUCAAUUCCUCCAUCAAUCCUUACUUGUACACCAUCACCAAAGACGCAUCUUCUAGGCCCAAGUUAACGAGAAGCACUAAAGAAACUAAGUGAUCUUUAAGAGGUAGUAUUAGAAACAUACAUAUCCAAAAAAAAACAGAAAAAUAAAAAAUAAACAAUAAAUCGUGGAAGUGGUUUGCCGUUUGCGUUGAUUCCUAGAAGGACUAAGGAAAGUGGAAGUUUAGGAGUGUGGAUUGACGUAGAGGCGAAACGAUAAGUCUUGCUCUGUAACUCCACUCGCCGACUCCAGACAAUCUUUCAUUUUUUUUGUCCAACUUACCAAGCCUCUCAACUGUUUCCUUUUCCGGUUUAAAGUCCUUUGAAGGACCGCACUUUAUUUCAGAAAAGAAUACUCUACAUUCCAACUCCCACUUACACGUAUAUCUAUUCACCUUUACCUCUAUCCAUUUCAGUCCUUCUAGGACUUACGGUGUGGGGUCCAGAGGAAGAGGCAAAUGUGAUGCUACUUGUUGAUACAACGUGCAUGUUUACUCAUAACAUUCCAAUGUUAAGUUGAUUUACAUGUUAAAAGACAAAUUAAACAAAUAUAAUUCUUCAAAAUGUAAAAGAUGGAUUCUUUUUCAUAUUCGCUUAAAAGAAGUGUGAGAAAGGGCGCUGUUCUUUUUAUUGUUUAAUUUAUAUCGUCUCCAUUUUUUACGAAUCUGGCGAAGAUGAAUUCAGAGGACAGAAACCAAUGAAAGCGUUUAAAUUUAACUCAUGUUUUAUAGUGAUUUUGCAGGGCUAAAAGUUCGUUAAUUCAUGUUCUUUUAUCAUGCUAAUACAGUAUCUUUUAUUGAAAUGUAUUUAUUCAGGAAAACACAAGAUCAGUAUAAAAACGCUGUCUAACAUCAAGGUUCUGAAAAGGUUAAAAUAUUACAUCAAAAUUCAAAAAUAAAAACUGAUAUAAGAAUACGACCAGCUGCAUAUGAUGAGCUAAAAAAAAUGACAAUGACAGUCGGUAUUUACGCAAUUUAUUAAAAAUCAUUAUUUACAAGUUAAAAUGAGAAAGAGAAGAGGAACCUGUCUAAAGGACCGAGACCAUUGGCCCUGAUCGCACUGGGCUCUAAUCCGCUUCGACCUUUCGCGCGUUUAUCUAUAUACAACGUGAGCCGCAGCGAAGUUUCAAUUUUUUGUGUCGCGAUGUCCAUACAAGCACGAGCUACCAAACUUUCGUGAAAUUUUGCACUUGCAUGCAGGACUAAAACUGUUCAAAAAUAUGAGGACACAUUCACGUAUGUGGUCUGUUAUCUAAUAAAGCGAAAACUUUGAUCAUCUUUUAUGCAAUUGUGAACUUAUCAAUAGAAAUCAUAUUGAAUGUCAUUAUGGAGUAAGUAACAAAAAAUGUAAAUAUGUGUUCGAUUAUUUUUUUUUCUUAAAUAAGUGCGCACAGGAAUGCGUAUGGCUUAACCAUUUGUUUUAUAAAAGAGCACUGUCGAUUAAAAUACUUUGCGGGCAGAGGUGCCGCGGCCAGGGAUCGAACCCCCAUGAUGGCCAUAGUGAUCAUCUUGAUCACUGCCAGCAUCAGAACAAUAACGCACAUAACGGUACUGUUCGUAAUUGCAUCUGCUUCAAAAGUGUGACACAUGCAUAUGCAUAUUGAAUCAAUGAUCAGAUUAGUUUCAAAGACAUCAAGGUCAGUUCCGUUUUCAGGAAAAAGGCUCCUAGUAGAUGUCAGAGAGACCCCCCCC